GAUUUUGGCCAGAUGAGAUAUUUCUGUGGCGUUGAAGCACAAGUACGCCAUGGACUUAAGUUGUACCUACUUGGAUCCUAAUUUUACUUUCGGACAAGGGCUGUUUCUAGUCUGAACUUCUCAUUAAAAUACAAAUGGACUUCAUGGGUAUGAACAACGUUAGGAGGAAGAAAAUGAAACCUCAAAUUCCAAGUAACAUCUAAUGUCCACACAUAUUUUGGGUUGUGAACCAGAUUAUGGAGUUUGUUUUUAUAUUUCUGAGGGAACUGUAUAAAAUGAUUCUUUGGACUGCACCCUGUGGACAUACCUGGAUACGCUGCACUGGAAAAAGGACUGCAAACCUGAGGGUUUGAGUGUAUUUGCGGGAGUGUUUGUGUUUUCCCAAGGUGGUCUAACACAGUGGAGGUGAGAGGGGAACACAUUUGCAGAUCAUUUUUCUUUACAAUGAGAGUUCCAGCCAGUGCGGCUGCAGUUUCCUGUCUUUGUCAUCUGGUGGUCUUCCUAUGUGUUGUCUCUCAGAGCUGUUAUGGGACCCGGGUCAAUCUGAGCCCUCAAAUAAAACCCAGCCUGUACCCAAACCAGAGACUGAUAUUAGUACGUGAACCAACCCCAAUCCCAAGCAAAAGUCUGGACAAACAAAAGACUGCUCUGAUGCCCAGCCAACCCUUGAGCUCGGCCAAAUAUGUCUGGAGCAAGUUUCAGUUAAAGUCAAGACUGGAUACUAUGUUAUAUCUCACAGACCCCCAAAUGCCUAACACACCCAACAUUCCCUCAGCAAUCUCUCAGUCUGCAUCAAGCUCAAACACUAGACUCAAACACAGUUCUGAUUCAAAGCAAGGGUUGCCAUUCAAAUCAACAUCUCAGCAGGUGUCAAGAUCGACUUUGAACAAUCCCAAGCAAGCUUCAAACAUCAACUACAAAACCGAACCAAAACCAAGGCUUGGAUCUUUUUUUCAGCCUAAGCCUAAGGCAGGUCCCAACUCCAAGGUAGUGACUGGGCCUAAAACUAAUCCUGAGUCAGUCCCGAGGACUAAAUUAUCUUCUAAUCAAAGGUCCAACACAUCUGAUAGGAUGAGCCCAAGCACCUCCUACAAUGCCAGCCCAGCUUCACUAUCCAAUCUGAAGUCUAAUUCCAAAGUCAGACCUUCUUUACAAACAAAUACAAAUGCCAAAUCAGACGCAAAGAGCACCCCCUCAAUCUCCAGAACAACCACCAGAGCACAAAGGAACCAGACCAAGUUGUUGGACACAGACAAGGAUUCUCACCAUCGGCCCAAGAGAGGCUGGAUCUGGAACCAGUUCUUUGUUCUCGAGGAACAUAUUGGACCUGAGCCUCAGUAUGUCGGAAAGCUCCACUCCAACUCUGACAAGGGCGAUGGCUCUGUGCGAUACAUCUUGUCCGGUGAAGGGGCCGGGUCCAUCUUUAUCAUUGAUGAAACAACGGGUGACAUCCAGGCUGCCAAGAGCCUUGACCGUGAGAGGAAGUCCCAGUAUGUCCUACAUGCAAGGGCCAUCGAUCGGCAGACAAACCGCUCACUGGAGGCAGAGUCAGAGUUCAUCAUCAAGGUCCAGGAUGUCAAUGACAAUGCUCCAAAAUUCCCUGAUGGACCGUUCUCAGCCACUGUGCCCGAGAUGUCUGACGUUGGAACAUCCGUCUCUCAGGUGAAAGCCUUGGACGCAGACGACCCUACCUACGGGAACAGCGCCAAGAUAGUUUAUAGCAUCCUGGAGGGACAACCCUACUUUUCUGUUGAACCCAAGACAGGUGUCAUCCGAACAGCAGUGUCCAACAUGGACCGAGAGACAAGGGAUCACUACGCUCUGGUGAUCCAGGCCAAAGACAUGGCGGGCUCUGUUGGAGGACUGUCUGGAUCCACUAUGGUCAACAUCACCCUCACGGAUGUCAACGACAACCCCCCAAAGUUUCCACAGAAGAGUUACCAGAUGUAUGUACCAGAGCUGGCUCCAUUAGGGAAGACAGUGGGCCGGAUCAGAGCCAACGAUGAGGACGAGGGGCAGAAUGCGGAGAUGACCUACAGCAUCACUAAUGCAGACGCAGCCUCCAUUUUUACCAUCACCACUGAUCCUGACGGCAGAGAGGGAAUCAUUCAUCUCAAGCAGCCUCUGAACUAUGAGAAGAGAAAAGUGCACACGCUCAAUAUUGAAGGCUCCAACACACAUCCAGACUCCCGCUUCUCCCACUUGGGACCAUUUAAGGAUUCUACAUCGCUGCGAGUCAUUGUGGGAGAUGUGGAUGAGCCUCCUGUCUUCUCCAUGGAUUACUACAUUAUGGAUGUGUAUGAAAACUCACCUGCCGGCACCCAGGUUGGCACUGUGACUGCCGUGGACCCGGACAGCACCAACAGCGCUGUCAGGUACUUUAUAGACAAUGAAGAGGAUAGACCUUUGUUUUUCACCAUUGGGGUGAACAGCGGCAUCAUCAGGACCACUGGGGUUCUGGACCGGGAAGAAAGGGCAUGGCAUAACAUCACGGUGAUGGCUGCAGAAGUUGAUAACCCACGUAUGGUGAGUCAUGUCCCUGUCACCAUCCAGGUCCUGGACGUCAAUGACAACGUUCCGUCCAUCUCUGGGGGCAGCAGUGCCGUCAUAGUGUGCACGAGCACCAAGAAUGGACAGAUGAUUCAAACCAUCCGAGCAACAGAUCUGGACAACUUUGCGAAUGGAAAGUUCUCCUUCUAUGUGCCUGCUGAGCAGCCAGUUGGUGGGAAUUUUACCUUGAAGGACAAUGGAGACAACACUGCCAGUAUAGUGUCUCGUCGACGUGAAGGUUUCAGCCAGGACAGAGACCGGGAAUUCUUCAGCCUGUUGGUGGUGGUGGCUGACGGCGGCGAGCCUCCUCUAAGCAGCACCACUACGCUCUCCCUCAGGGUGUGUGUUUGUCAGGGGAACACCAGGGGUCGCAACAGCCACAACAUCUGUCAGGCCCAGGCCUUCCUGUCCUCAGCUGGUCUCAGCACGGGAGCCUUUGUUGCCAUACUGCUGUGUAUCGUCAUAUUAUUAGCCAUAGUGAUUAUGUUCACACAGCUACGAAAUAAAAAGGCGAGCAAAGAACCCUUGAUUCUGUCUGAAGAGGACAUCAGAGAAAACGUGGUGACCUACGACGACGAAGGAGGCGGGGAGGAGGACACAGAGGCCUUUGACAUUGCUGCCCUUCGAAAUCCCAAAGUCUCUGAGUCUCACAGGAUGUUCCACGCCUACCUAGGCCAAAGACCAAGCCUUUGCAGAGAGGAUGAAGAGUUUGAGGAUGAUGAGGAGGGGUCUGUGGUGGUGAGGAGGAGGAGAGCUCAGCAGGUAGAUUAUGGGAACUACAGCCCGGAGUCAGAACCUGCCUGGUUUAUCAUUGACUGCAUUCCUCGAGAGCUCAGCCAAUCAGCUCCUUCGCUUCUCUUGGAUGGUCACGACAUAAUUCAGCAGAUCCUCCAGCAAAAGGUGGCGGAAGCGGACUCGUACACGCGGGGCCCACCGUACGAUUCACUUCAGACAUACGCCUAUGAAGGGCUUGGCUCCUUGGCCGGGUCAGUCAGCUCUUUGGGCCUGACAGCGGGUGUGCCCGAACUAAACUAUGCAGACUUUGUGGACUGGAACCUAGAGAGGGAAACACUGGAGCCAGUAGCGGGAAAAAAGCUGGCUUCAGGCCAAGCUAACACAGAAUCCUGAAGAAAUCAUCCAAAAGUUCAUUUUUUUACUUUUGGCCAGAUUAUUACUUAUGCCAUUUAAAGUGCGAGGAUACAAAAUUACUGCUGCAAAAGGCUGGCAAUCAGGAACUGUGGUAUUGUGUUUAAUCUGUGGAUAAGCCAUUUCCAUCCAACAGCAGAGAAGAACCCACUGGCUGAGGGGAAACUGGGAUAAUACUCUUGCUUGAGUGCUGCGAUGAGGGACAGAAUGCUAAAUGGCAGAAGACAAGUGUUUUAAAAUGAAAAGUCUAUUUGCAUACACUUUUCUCCCUCUGCUCUGCUUGUUAGGUGAGUGAGUGUGAAAAGUACAGCUAGUCCUAAACCCAAAGGACUCUGCUCUUUAUCUUAACUGUUGCUGACACUCCAGUCAUUUAAAGCACAAGGACCCAGGGUGUGAGUUCCAUGUCACCAGAUUUAUUGGGAAAAUUAAGUUUUAUUGAUUUGUUUGCCAAUUAUUAAAACAAUCAUGAGGCUGGCUGGGAUAUAUGUGAUAUCUGUAAACAAAGAGAAAGCUGCUGGUCUUACUGACAGGUGCACUCAAAGUAAGUUACAGACCCUACCCCUAAUAAUUGUUUUAUUUUAUUUAUUAUUAUUAACUAAUUCUUUAAAAUCAAAUUUAAUUAGAAUUUCAGUUUUUCCAAUAUGUUAACGUGCACAUAAUGUGAAUAGGACCCUGAAACAUCAGCUUCCUGGGUAAUGCUAAUUAGCUUUUAUCAUGAUCUGAGUCAAAACCUUGAACCAGCUCUAGCCACUGCACAAACUUAACUCAUCCGAAGCUUUCAUAAAUGCUAAUUGUUAAAUGUUUUCCCCAAUUUUAAGAAGACAUGUUAUGCUUAUAUUCACGUUAAUAAUAAAAAAAUUGGUUGUAUUUGUAAUACUUCACAUGUUCUCAUGUUCAGAAACACACAUCAGUUUAUCCAUACUGUCUUUGCAGACCUUUUACAUGCACAAAACCUAUAUGUAACAGGAAAUAAAUAUUGAAAAAGCACAAUAUGUCCAGAGGACUUUGAAGGCAUCAAUCUCUGAAUUACCCUCGUUAUAAAAUCUUUCUGUUUUUAACUGGUUUUGAUCCUUCAAUUUAUCCACUGGCUGAUUAUCACCCUGGCAACAUAACAACGAUUAUCACAGCUUUGCUAUAAAUACUUGACAAGGUGUCAGUAGAACCUGAUGAGCCCAUGGGUUUGCUCUCAAUUACCACCUGUUACUGAUUUUAAUGAUAACAAAAACAUAGGAUAUUCUAAUUGACCUCAUGAUCAAGUGUGACAGACUAUCUCUCAUCUCGUGGAAACAUGUUUGGCAAUGUGUCAACAAAGUGUUUAAUCUGAGUGGAGGAAUUGUUAAGACAAUACUGUUAGAGUAAAAUUUUUUUUUUCAGUUUUCACCUAGCUUUCUUGCAUCAAUUUCAGAUCUGGAUAAUUCUAUUCACGGGUCAUUACAGUUCCCAUAAUCGUUGUUUCUGUUGUCAUCACUCUCGACAGUAAACCUGCCCAACUAACCACAGUCACUUUAAAGUCAGUUUAAUGUUGUUUUGCCCCAUAUCACACAUCGCUCGGCCUCUAAUAAAACAGAGAACAGUAAGCAGAGCUCAUGAUAAUGGCUACAAAUGAGAUUUUAUUAAAGUUGCUGCAGUGGAGAAGGUUUGCAAGAAAUUCCUCUGAGCUGUAUCUAAGACAGAGGUCAAGGACAAAGAGAGAGAGACUAUAGAGGAGUCCUUGGUAAAACUGAUGAGUGACUACCAGUUCAUGAUUACAACUAACUCACCACCCCUCAAAUGGUUCUCAAUCUUAAUCCUGCUGAUAUCUGUAAAUAUGAAAUUUAUAUAUCAGUAUGCAUUUUUUUUCCCACUGGACUGAGGACUGUAUCUUUCCUGAGUGGAAAUAGAUAAAUACAUCAACAGAGGAAUAUGAUGAGGAAGACAGAAGAAAUUAAGCCUAUUUUCCCUGGUGUAUAUUUUUUAUCGGUAAAUAAAAAAGACCAGUGGUUUCAGAAAAAGCCGUUUGAUUAUGUGCAUGAAUUAGUUUUUUGAUCCACACUGUAUGUGCAAUACUUUGAAAGUGCCAAUUUUUUUUACUUAUUUUUCUAUGAAUAGGUCUGGGAUUCUCAUUACGUGCCGUGAUGAAUAUGUCUUUUCUCGACGCGCCAACUGACACUGCACUUUCUGUAAAAACAAAAAAGGAAAAAGUUCUUGCUUCUCUUUUUUUAUUUUUCAGUGAUUAACAGAAAUAAACGACUCACAGA